AUGGAGGCUGGUGAGCAGGACAUUAGUGGAGCUGAGUGUGAAGGUAACGAAAGCAUGCGUGAGGGUUCAGCUAAGAUGAGCAAUAUUUUAGAGGUAGAAGUAAACAGUCUUGGUGAUGGAAAGGAUGUAGGGUUUGAAGCUCUGCUUAUGGUCGAACAAGACACCAAGGUUGCAACUAGCAGCGGGGCCACUGCUGUGGUGCAAGCAGCUCUCUGCAAACCCAAGAAGGAGCGUGUGGCAAUAAAGAGAAUCAAUCUGGAGAAAUGCAACACAAGCAUGGACGAGCUACUGAAAGAGAUUCAAGCCAUGAGUCAGUGCAGUCACCCCAAUGUUGUGACCUAUUUCACCUCAUUUGUUGUGAAGGAUGAACUCUGGUUGGUCAUGAAGCUGCUGAGUGGAGGCUCUAUGUUGGAUAUAAUCAGGAGGACAAUUACCAACAAUGAACACAAGACUGGUGUGCUGGAUGAGCCAGUAAUAGCAACAGUGUUAAAAGAGGUAUUGGAGGGCUUGGAUUAUCUUCACAGGAAUGGACAAAUACACAGGGAUGUUAAAGCUGGUAAUAUUCUACUUGGUGAUGAUGGGUCUAUACAAAUUGCAGAUUUUGGCGUCAGUGCCUUUCUAGCUGCUGGUGGAGAUAUGACCAGAAAUAAAGUGCGUAAAACCUUUGUUGGAACUCCAUGCUGGAUGGCCCCAGAAGUGAUGGAACAGGUACGAGGUUAUGACUUCAAAGCAGAUAUCUGGAGUUUCGGAAUAACAGCAAUUGAACUGGCAACUGGAACGGCGCCAUAUCACAAGUACCCACCAAUGAAGGUUCUGAUGGUGACACUGCAGAAUGACCCUCCUACUCUUGAGACGGGGGUGGAGGACAAGGAAAUGGUCAAGAAGUAUGGCAAGUCCUUCCGUAAACUGAUAGCCCUAUGCCUGCAAAAAGACCCAGCAAAGAGGCCCACAGCAGCAGAGCUUCUGAAGCACAAAUUCUUCCAGAAAUCAAAGAAUAAAGAGUAUCUGAUGGAGAAGUUGUUGGGCCAAUCAUUAAGCGGAGGGCAAAAGGACACAAAGGUGAGACGGGUCCAGGGAUCAAGUGGUCACCUGUACAAAACAGAGGAUGGAGGCUGGGAAUGGAGUGACGAUGAAUCAGGUGAUGCAUAUGAUGAACAGAAACCUACGGCGUUUCAAAAAACUGAACAACCUGAAAGUCCAUCUCAUCUAAGUAACGAGGAUAGCUCUGUGCAUCUAGUCCUGCGACUAAGGAAUUUACGAAGGGAGUUGAACGACAUCAGAUUUGAGUUCACUCCAGGGAGGGACUCUGCAGUUGGUGUUUCUCAGGAGCUCGUCUCUGCAGAUUUAGUGGACAAGUUUGACAUGAUGGUUGUGGCUAACAACUUGCAGAGACUAAUAGAUGAUCCUCAUUCAAACAGGAGCCUCACAUUCAGACUGGUCUCUGGCUGUGAGGGCUGCAGCCCUGAUGAAACCAAACUCAUUGGAUUUGCACAACUCAGCGUAAGAUGACGAUUCGCCUCAGCAACUGGUACCAAAGAAUUCUGGGACACCUCUCUAUCAACACGACCUGAACCU